ACACGUCAGCCGGCGGAGUAGUUUACCUUUAAUUCUAUUAACUGCCUAUCAAAAUAUCAAUAUUAAUUAUAAUUUAACUACUGCAAUAUUAUGUCUACAAGUGGACAUAAAUAUAGCAUAUUGCUUCCCACAUACAAUGAAAAAGAAAACUUGCCAAUUAUAAUAUGGCUAAUCGUGAAAUAUCUUGGUGAAAGUGGCCAUAAAUACGAAAUUAUUAUUAUUGAUGAUGGCAGUCCCGAUGGUACAUUAGAUGUUGCUAAAGAUUUGCAGAAAAUCUAUGGUGAAGAGACCAUAGUGCUUCGACCACGGGGGUCUAAACUGGGCCUGGGUACUGCAUAUAUACACGGCAUAAAACAUGCUACAGGUGAUUUUAUUAUCAUAAUGGAUGCAGACUUAAGUCAUCAUCCUAAAUUCAUUCCAAAGUUCAUUGAACUACAAGCGAAAGAAGACUACGACGUAGUAUCUGGCACAAGGUACAGCGGGGAUGGUGGUGUUUUUGGCUGGGAUUUCAAGCGCAAGCUAAUUUCGCGUGGAGCUAAUUUUCUUUCGCAAAUUUUACUGCGUCCAAAUGCUUCAGAUCUGACAGGGUCUUUUCGUUUAUACAAAAAGAAUGUGCUGGAGAAAUGCAUUGCCAGUUGUGUUUCGAAAGGAUACGUUUUCCAAAUGGAAAUGUUGGUACGCGCACGUCAGCACGGUUACAGCAUUGGAGAAGUGCCAAUAACGUUCGUGGAUCGUUUGUAUGGUUCUUCGAAAUUAGGUGGCACAGAAAUUAUACAAUUUGCCAAAAAUUUAUUGUACUUAUUUGCUACCACGUGAAACUAAUGUAUUAAAGUACUUUAUAACUAUUUCAUAAAAACUUAAAACCUUAAUAAAAUAUUGACUGCAUUAAAAAUUAA